GACGAAGAGCAGUUCCGGCGUGCGAUGAUGGGGUUCGACGGAGAAGAUGGAGGUUCAAUGGGGACCGGGGCGGCGGUGGCCGUGGCGCCCGCCGCCAAAGGCGGCGGUGACGCGAUGGAGGUCGAUGUCGAUGCUACAGCAGGUGCUGCUGCCGCCGCCACGGGAGGCGGCGCAUCCAAAGAUAAAGGAAGUGCCAACCCACAAGAGUUUGCGGUGGACUACCCGCUGUACCGGUCCUUCUGGAGGCUGCAAGAGUACCCGCUGCAGCAGGACAAGGUGGUGAAGGGGGAGGGGGCCAAGGCGACGUGGGAGGCCCUACUUGCGGACGUGGAUAAGACUCUGGGUGCCUUCGAGGCGAACUCGUUCUCGGAGCACGACCUGCGCCUCGCUCGCGAGAAGUGGGCCGCUGACGGCGGCGGCUGCGGCGGCUGCGGUUUGUCGUCUCCGUCGUCAUCCGCCGCGGCGGCGGCAGCGGCAGCGGCAAAGGGGUCAGCAGCAGGGGCGGCGGCUACUACGCCCGGCAAAAGAAAACGAGGAGGGGGUAAGGCGGCGGAGGCGGCGCCGGCGCCGGCAGCGAGGGAUGGGGCAGAGGGCGAGACCGAGACGGGGGGGCCCGUGUACUUCGGGCUUAAGUACCUGACGAGCUCGCGCUUGUUGAGGCUGCAGCUGCGGGACCCCACGCUGAGGCUGCAGGUGCUGACACAGUGGCUAAUUCUCGCCGCAUCCCUCAAGAAUAAGGUGGCAAACGCGAAGGACUCCCCGAAUUCGGUGGAGGACCUCAAACCUCGCAUCGAGCUCGCGAAGAGAUUGGUCAAGGCGACGCCGCCCCGGGGCGAGGAGUACCUUAGCAUGCUGCAGAUCGUCCUCAACCGAGAGACCUUCUGGACGCAGUGGAAGGACGUGAACAAGUGCAAACUAGCGAUUACCGCGGCGGAGGAGGAAGAGGCGCAGAUGGAGAAGGACAAGGCGGCCGGAGUCGUCCCGCGCGCCCCGUCGUACCCCAACAAGCGGCCGCGGCCGUCGGCCUCCGUGGCGGCGCGGGAGAGGGCCAAGUACUCGCCUCUCGGGGCCGACUUCCCGCUGGAGAAGAUGGCGAGCAAGCUGCGGGCAGGCGUCCCGACGUCUCAGGAGCACCUCGAGGACCAGCGGAUGUGUGCGGAGGACCCCGAUACCCCCGCCUCGGAACUGCCUAGCGCAAGCCCCCUCUACACUUGGCGGGCGCUACGCCUGCUCGGCAGGGAGAAUCCAGCGAACCUCGUGGGCUGCUACGAUGGAGACCUUGUCAAGGCCAUGGAACGACUCGACAAGGCUCAAGCCGAUGCCGAGGCGGCGGCGAAGGCGGCGGAAGAAGCGGCGGCGGCGAAGGCGGCGGAAGAAGCGGCGGCGGCGAAGGCAGCGGAAGAAGCGGCGGCGGAAGAAGCGGCGGCGGCGGCGGCGGCGGCGGCAGCGCCCACACAACCGACUAAGGAGGAGGCUACCGUAGACCCCCCUGCGGCAGCAGAGGCAGCACCUGCGGCCCAGCCGGUGGGAGGAGACUCAACGGCAAUGGCUGUAGACAGAGAAGAGAAGGGCCGGAACGUGGCGGUCAAGAAAGAAGAAGCGGCGGGGGCGUCCACGAGUGGCGAGGCGGUCGUUCCCGCUCUCGUGGUGUCUGCCGACGGUUCCGGUGCCGCUGACGCUGCCGCCAAGGCUACCACUGCGAGUACUGCAGCCGACGCCACUCCCGCUGGUGAUAGGGCUGAUGACAAUGGUCUGGCCCCUGACGGGACCGUGGUUGCUGGUGCCGUCGUGACUUCUGCAGCCGCCACCGAUGCCACUGCCUCCAAAGCUUCCGCUACGCCUGCUGAUGCCCCCACGAACCCUGAUGGCAACGGCGUAGCAGUCACGAAGGGCGCGGCGGCAGCGGCCGCCGUUGAGGGAAGAAGCGGCAACGUCGUUAGUCCACCAGAAGAAACAUCCGACGGCGGCGGCGGCGGCGGCGGCGGCGAGAAGCCGAACGCCGUUGCGGAUUCAACGGCGCCUGCUACGGACGCAGGGAAGGAAGCAGCAGCGGAGGAAACCCCAGCGGCGGUGACGGCAGCGGCGGCGCAAAAGUCCACCCUGUCACCUGCCAGAGUGACUAGGACAAGCUCGAAAAAGUAGAAAGGACCGCAGCGAAGGCGAGGUGCAUGGGGUGUGUGGGUCGGAGGCUUGUGCUGCUGCUGCUGGCGGUUAAGAGAAGUGCUGUGUUUGCUACUCACGGUGGCAGAAUCGGCUCCGAUGCAGGUGGAAAGGCGCACCGUUGAACUCUGUGUUAGCCGAAGGGCGUGGUCAGGACGUUUGGGGACAGCGUGCGCUCGGUCUCGUGUGCUCGGUGUUCGUUAGCGGCAUCCCAGAAGGAAUUCGUGUGCAAGAUAUCGACCCCAGCGUGAGGUAUUCUUCGUGGCACGAUAUACUUGCGACGCAGUGUUGAGAGUGUAGUCAACAGCGGCGCUUAUUUGCGCCGGAAAUCGUGCUGGCCUGGCUUCUUCGAUCCUCGUCACAACGACUGCUUGCGGGGGAAAGUACUUGAAUGAGAACGAGUUGCACGCUCGAAGUAUGGGAUUAAUUUAUGGCCAUGGCAAGUGGCCAUGUAGACGUAAUCGCGAGGGAAAGGGUCUACCCAAGAAAUGGCCCCCGGGGCACGCAACGCCGACCGGUGCAAUCCGCGGUGUCUAUCACCUUUGGCGU